AUACCGGCUUACACCGACUCCACUUGCUUUUUCGUCGGGUAGUUUGGUAGCACACGGUAUGCUUCUUUCGACGUUUUCCGAACGGUGUCAUCCGAGUGCACAUCCGAGACACAUCGUGUUUUCCGAAUGGCUGGUGUGUAUUACUGGCACACCGGUGUGUAUUUCCGAACGCAGCCUAUGUAUAGAGUUCAGUGGGAUGCUCUGGCCAGCUCUGGCUACGUUCCGUUUCACGCAUAAUGCGCAUGGCACAUUAUUUUAUCCUUGUAAUUCCCCAAAUGUUAAACAAGGAUAAAAUGAUACAUCAUGUGCAUCAUGCGUGAAACGGAACGUAGCCUUUGAUACGCCGGAAUAUCGCACAUGCGAGAAGUACUUCGUUUCCGGAACCGAGAAAAGUUUCACUCUCUUUUUGUCUUUUGUGUCGACGCCAAGUAAACACGCUUUGCGCAAGAGUCUUGUUUAAGUUCAGUCGGUAAUCCUAAGUUGUUGAAUUUAAGCGUAAUAGUUGGUUUUGUACACGGACAAAUAAAGUGAUUAUAAGUUGUUCGGACAUUCCUCGGAUAUGCUUUUAUUGCUGCUCUUCGCAAUAUUUUCUCACUCGUACCUGCCGUGAUAGAAACUCGUCAUAACAGCAAUCGGAACACGUGACGGAAAAGGAACCAAGGUGCGCGAGAACGGAGCUCUGCCGGUGACCUGCACCGGUGAGCAGUCGUGUCGAAUCGGUUUGAAUUUAGAAAUAUCAGAGAAUAAUGUUGAUAGCUUUAAAAAAUUAAACAACUUUAUUGAUUACAUAAGUGAUGCAGAAGAUCAAAUAACUUUGAGAGAUUAUUAUGAUAAUGUUAACAAUCUUGUUAAGAGUACUAAUUUAGUUAUAAUCUUAGCUUGUAAACGUAGUAAGGUAAAAAUUUUAGAGUACCUAUUUGGCAGUAAUAGUAAAAUACUUAGUAAUUUAUCUGUUGGCAUCAAAGGAACAACCAUGUUACUAGAUGAUGAGGAUGAAACAUGCCAUAAUGCAUUUUAUUAUGCUAUACGUUCAGGCAAUAUUGAGCUUCUUGAUACACUCAUUAAUAAAUGGCCAGGCAAUUAUAUUGCUGUUCAUUUGGAGGAAUUAGAUAAAAUUCUUUCACAAACUUAUGAGGAAUUAAAACUAAAGAACGUACCAUUGUCAGAAGAGAUAGAAAUUUUUGUUGAAAAUAAAUUAAUAAACUUCCGUUUUUUUUCUAAUGCUUCUAAACAAGAUCAAAAUGUGAAGAAUUAUCUUAAUAAUAUCAAAGAACGGAUUGAAUUAGUACUUCAAAAUAUUAGCUUGUUAAAGACAGAGUACUCAAAUACAAAAAAAGUAGAUGAAAAGUUUUUAUUCAUAGCAAAAUUUAUUGCACAAAAUAUUCAUAUAUUAAAACGACAAUUGAAGUCAACCUAUGAUAGAUUAUCUUGGGAAGAAAUGGAAUUUUGUUUGAUCAGUUUUGUUUCUUCUCACAUAAAACGUCAAGAAAUUAAUCUAUUCUAUCAUGCCACAUUGAAUAAAAGUAAAAUACUAAAUCACUUAGAAAAUUUUGCAAAGAGACUUAAAGAGGAAAAAGAUAUUAUAGAAGGUGUGGACAUUGAUAAAUUUGCUAAUCUCCCAAAAUUAAAACGUGAAAAAGUUGUUGCCGAGAUUGUUAGUAAUUAUCCUCAAUUUGGAGAGUUGUAUAGCGAUUAUCAACAAAUUAGGGAUAUCCAUUCUUUAGAAAAAAUAAAUACUUAUAUAAAGCUGGCAUUAUCGGCUGAUCCUAAACAAAGAGAAGGGCAGUUAAUUAUUACAAGGGUUUUACAGUUUAUUGGUGAAUAUUUAAAAAACACUCUAGAGUCUCCUAAGUUAUCUAGCACUACAAGUGAGCUUCUUCUACUAUCAUUACCAAAGAAUACAAGACAAGUCAUUAUAGAUUUACGUAAUUCAUUAUCACAUGCUUACUCGCUCUCUAAAAGAACAGAGAUAGAGGAAAAUACAGAUGUUAACUUUUUUAUUGGUGUUCAAAAUGAUACUAAAAGAAUCAAUGAUGUAAUUACUGAUAUUCUUUACAACAAUAAGAUUAAAAUGACUAGAAUAUUGCUAAAAAAAAUUACUAAUAGUGAAAGCUUAGACGAGAUAAAGGAAGUUAUUGAAAUAUUUAAUUAUGUUAACGUUGAAUUAGAUAAAAUGACUAUGGAGAGUUUUAAAGUAAUGGAACAUGAGAAGCUUGAAAAACUCAUUAAAGAAUUAAACGAUAAUAUAACUGAUAAGAUGAAUUAUGAAAAAGAGCUAUUUAAUAAAAUUAAUAACAUAAUCAAUUCUGUAAAAACUAAAUCAGAAAAUGUCAGAACUGAUUAUAUCAUGGGGUUAAUGUCCUUAAAGAGCUUAGGUAAUAACUACAAUAUCUACCCCAAUAAAAUUGACCACAAUGUUAUUAGAAUAAUAAAAUUCUUUGUUAAUAAAAUACUAGAGAAUAUUGCUUCCAAAAUGGAGCCUCACAAUCUUAAAGAAAUUGCGAAGCUGUCAAUGAAAAUUUUUCAUAGUGCUAGGUCAAAGAAACAGGAUGACAACUUUGAUAAAAUUAGUAGAUUAACUUGUGAGAUUUUUUAUAUUGCUGAAUUUGGAACAGGUGACCUUAAAUGGAUUGAGGAAUUAAGAGAAAAGUUGAAUGAGAAAGGUUCGUUUAUUCCUAUAUUUAAACAAAGGAAGGCUUACAAUAUAACAGAAAAAAUAUAUAAUAAUUGGCUUGCACUAAAGCUAUCUGAACUGGAAAGUAUUUUGAAGAAUAACUCAUUAAGUGGCAAGUUAAUUGAAAAACUGCUUUCCUAUAAGAAAAAUAAAAAGUUGCAAGCAGCAGUAGAAAUGCUUGUUCUGGAUAUAAUGUCAAUUUUAGGUAGAUCAAAGAAGCAUCUAGAAAACAAUCUAUUUUUUUUAGAUGAUAACACUCCUUUAUUAAUUGGAAAAUGUUUGCGCAAUCAUUUAGCACACGAUAAUACCUUAGUUGAUGUAUUGUUAUCUGAUCCUUCAAUAGCAGUUAUCUUGAACGCUAAAAAACUUCUUUCAGAAAAUGUAAUAAAAAGUAAGAAAAAAAUUGGCAAAUUGGUAAGAGAUGAUCCUUCCAAGCUAAAGGAUAAAUACAAGCAAAGCCUUAUCAUUAUUACUAAUCAGGAAAAAAUGUUUGCUGCGUUGGAAGAAGGAAAUCUUGAAGACUUAAAGAGUUAUCUUGGAAAAGGAGCAGAUAUUAAUGCUAUUACAAGUAUUAACUCAUCGACUACAUUACAUUUUGCUGCUCAUGGACCUAGUCUAGAAGUUAUAAAAUUUAUCCUUGAUCAAAAAUUAAGUGUUAAUGUUAAAGAUGUAAAUGGUCAAAGUCCACUUCAUAUUGCUGCUGCAUAUGGAAGAAAAAAUAUCGUCGAAUUUUUUAUAAGAGAAGCAGGUGUAUAUGUUGAUGAUCUAGAUAAUAGUGACAAAACACCACUACAUAUUGCAGCUAAAAAUGGUCACAAAGAUACUGUUGAAAUUCUACUAAAAAGUAAUGCUGAUACUAAUACCAAAGAUAUGGCUGGUUUUUCACCUUUACACUAUGCAAUAAGAAAUAAUCAUAUUGAUGUUGCUAAGAUUAUGCUGGAAAAAGAAGUAAAUGUUGACAUUAACGAGACUAUGGGUGGCUUUACAUCACUACAUAUAGCUGCAGAAAAUGGUUAUCUGGAACUAGUUAAUUUUUUACUGAGAAAUGAGGCAAAUGUUAAUGCAAGAAAUGAUAAGCAGGGAAUACCAUUACAUACAGCAGCACUAAAUGGCCGUCUAGAAGUAGUGAAUGCUUUAAUUCUUAAAGGAGCAGAUGUUAACGCCAGAGUCGUAGAUGGUUGUACACCAUUACACUACGCAAUAGAAACCGGUCAUGAAAAGAUAGCUAAUAUUUUAUUGAAGCAUGGAGCUAAUGUUAAUGUUAGUGACAAAACUUAUAAUAACACACCUUUGCACUACGCAGCAAAAGAUGGACAUGAGAAAAUUGUUAAGGCUUUACUGAAAAAUAAGGCAAAUGCUAAUAUUACUACUAUAGAAGGUAUGAGCCCACUACAUUUUGCAGCACAAAAUGGCCACUUGAAAAUAGUUGCUGCUCUCCUCGAGCAUGGAGUUAACAUUUGCGCUAGAGAUAAAAAUAAUGUUACACCAUUACACUAUGCAGCAGAGAGUGGUCAUAAGGAAAUUGCUGAGCUUUUAAUAAAAAAUGGAGCAGAAAUUAAUGAUAAGGAUAUUAAUAAUCUAACACCAUUACAUAUAGCUGCUCUGAGAGGUCACAAAGAUAUUAUUGAACUCUUAAUAAGAAAUAAAGCUGAAAUUAGAACUCAAGACAUUAAGGGUAAUACACCAUUACAUGCAGCUGCAAUGAAUGAUAACAAAAGUAUUAUUGAUUUUCUAAUAAAAAAUAAAGCUGAAGUUAAUGCUAGAAAUAAUAAUGGCACGACGCCAUUGUAUGUAGCUGUUCUAAAUGGUCAUGAAGACGCUACUGCUUUUCUAAUUGAAAGUAGAGCUGAAGUCAAUAAUAGAGCUAAUUAUGGUGUUACACCUUUACAUGCGGCUAUUGCCGGAGGUCACAAAGAUAUUAUAAAACUUUUAAUAAAAAAUAAAGCUAAAGUUAACACAGAAGGUAUUGCAGAUAGUACACCAUUACAUCUAGCUGUGGAAGAAGGUAAUAAGGAAAUUGUUGAGAUUUUGGUAGCAAAUGGAGCCAAUAUUAAUGUUAAGAGUAACACCCUAACACCAUUGCUUUCUGCUGUUAAGUAUAAUCAUAAGGAGAUCGUUGAAGUUCUUAUAGAAAAUGGAGCUAAUGUUAAUGCAGAAGGUGAUGAACCUUUAUCAUUAGCAGUGCUCGCUGGUUAUAGGGAUAUUGUAGAGAUUUUGCUAAAAAACAAGGCCUGUAUUAAUAUAAAAUAUCCUGACAAUAUUACAUUAUUACAUUUGGCUGCUAAAAGAGGCCACAAGGAAAUAGUAAAUGUUCUGAUAAAAAGAGGAGCCAUUGUUGAUGCUAUAACUAUUAACAAUGCAACACCAUUAUAUAUUGCAGCACAUGAAGGUCAUGAAGAAGUUGCUGAAAUUUUGAUAGCAAACAAGGCUAACGUUAACGUUGUAAAUGUUGAAGGUGCUCCACUACAUACAGCUGCAGGACAGGGCCAUGUUAAUGUUGUUGAAGUCCUAUUAAGUAAUAAAGCAGAAAUUAAUAUUAAGGACAAUAAGAACAGAACACCUUUAGAAUUAGCAGUUGCACAUGGUCACUUGCAAGUGGUGAAAAUGUUACUGCAGUAUAAAAAAGUAGAUAUGGACGCUAAAGGCAACGAUGAUUGGACGAUACUGCACAUUGCUUCACAGACAAGUAACUUAGAAAUGGUAAAAUGUCUAAUAAAUGAAGGAUCUGAUAUUAAUGCUAAAAAUGCUUCUGGUUCAAAGCCUAUACAUAUUGCAGCCAGAGAAGGUUUCAAAGAUACUGUACAAUUUUUCCUUAGUAAGGGGUUAAGUGUUAAUGAGCUUGGUACAGCUAACCAGACAUUACUACACUAUGCUGCAUUAAAAGGUCAGUUAGAAGUUGUAAAAUACUUGAUAGCACAAGAUGCUGACGUUAAUGCUAAAGAUACUAAUGGCUUAACCCCUAUGCAUAUUGCUGCAAAUUUUGGUUAUAAAGACGUUAUUGAAGUUUUAUUAAAAAAUGGCGCAGUUUAUAACGCUGUUGACAAGUUUUAUAGAAAGCCAUUAGAAAUGACUAACAAAGACAACAAAGAUGUUAUCAAUUUAUUAGAAUCAACUGAAAAAUUAUUUAAGUCUGUAAAACGUAAUAGCUCUUUAGAGGUUAAAAAUGACAUUAGAACAGGAGCAUUUGUUAAUGCAAAAAAUGCUGAUAGUGGAACGUCAUUACAUUAUGCUUCUUGGAAAGGCUAUGACGAAGUUGUUAAGAUUCUAUUACAGAAUAAAGCCAAUCCUAAUGCGGUUUGUAAUAAGAGAUUGACUCCUGUACAUUAUGCUGCUAAGUUCUCACAUUUAAAAAUUGUAAAAGCUUUACUGUCCCAUGGUGCUAUAUAUAAUGCUGUUUCUGACAAUGGUAAAACACCAUCAGACUUUACUGUAGAUAGAGAUAUAACUAGUUUAUUUAAGUUAAUUAAUGGGUCAUUUAAAAAAGUUAAAGAAGAUAAUGCUCAAGUUAUUAAUGACCUAAAUAAGAUAAAAGAUAUUGAUACAGUAAAAGCAGUGAUGAGUGCUCGUAAUAGGGAGAACAAAACCUUAAUAGUUGCUGCAGUGCAUAGUAACUUUUCAAAAGUCGAGCAGUUGAAACAGAUAUCGCAAAGUGAUGUAUCCGCUCAGAUUGCUACAGCUUUAGUACUCUUGAAUCAAGGCAAUUAUCAAAAAGCUUUAAGUAUUUUCAGAAGCGUAUUUGAAAGAAGAAAAGAAAUACUAGGACCAGAUAAUCCUGGUACUUUAGAUAUUCAGACAUAUAUAGCUAAAGUGCUAUACAAACAAGGAACUUACCAAGAAGCUUUAAAUAUGCUUAAAGAGAUUUUUAAGAAACAGACAGAAAUACUGGGUUUAAAUAAUAAGGAUACUUUAAGUACAAGAAGUAUAAUCGCUUUAGUAUUGUAUAGACAGGGGAAAGAUGAAAAAGCUUUUAAUAUUUAUCAAGAAGUUUAUCAGAAACAAAAGGAAAUACUAGGGUCAAAUCAUUCAGAUACCUUAGAUACUCAGUUUCACAUGGCAUUAUUAUUAGAUAGACAGGGAAAAUAUGAAGAAGCGUUAAAUAUCAAUAGGGCAGUUUUUGAAAAAAAGAAAGAAACACUAGGCACAUACGAUUUAACUACUGUAAGUGCCCAAAAUAAUAUAGCAAUGGUAUUAGCUAACCAAGGUAAAUAUGAAGAGUCUUUAAAAAUUUAUAAAAAGGUUUUUGAAAAGAAGAAAAUAAUUUUAGGUAUUAAUAAUGCUGAUACCUUGAGAACGUUACAUAACAUUGCUGAGGUACUCUGCAAACAAAAGAAAUAUCAUGAAGGCUUGAAAGUUUUUGAAGAGGUUUUAAAUAUCCAGAAAAAAGCUUUACAACAAAAUCAUCCAGAAACCUUGAAUACUCAAUAUAAUAUAGGAAAUGUACUUUUUGCUCAAGGCAAAUGGAUCAGCGCAUUUAAAGUCUACAAAGAAAGUUUGGAUCAAAGAAAAGCUGUUUUGGGACCAAAACAUCCAAGUGUUGUAGAUAUUUUAACAAAGAUAGAGAUGAUUAAUUUUAAAUUUAAGCUUGAGGGUAGCGAAGCAUCAGAGGUUCUCCAGCAUCUGCAGAAAGAUAUCAACAUUGCUGCUAGUAAAGGUGAUAUACAAACUGUUCAGCAUUUAUUGAAAGAUGGAGCUGAUGUCAAUGAUAAAGAUAUUGAUGGAAGAACACCGUUGCAUUACGCUGUUAGCUAUGGACACAUAGAUAUUGUGAACAUCUUACUAAAAAAUGGAGCUAAUGUUACUCAAGUUACUAACAAAGGUAAUACCCCGUUACAUACUGCUACAUCCAAAUGUUACAAAGAAAUUGUCGAGAUUUUGUUAAAACAUAUUAGUCGUGAUAAAUUAAAUGACUUUGUUAAUGCUAAAACUACUUCUAGUGGUACUACAUCACUUCAUGUUGCAGCUAAAAGUGGCUCCUUGGAAGUUGUAAAAUCUUUAUUAAAACAUGGUGCAACUUAUAAAAUUGAGAACAAAGAAGGCAAAACACCUAUUAAUCUUUCCAAUGAUCAGAAAGUUACUAAAUUCCUGAACUUAGUUGAAGAAUUGUUUGAAGAUGCAAAAAAAGAUUCUGCAGAGAGACAGCUCCGGAGAAAGUACUAAUGGAGGAGACGCAAACAACGCGGCAAUGGCGAGAUACAUACAGAGUAUACCAGUGAUAAUGCUGGAACAAAUUCCCGUAUCGACGAUGACCACGAUUACUGCGGAGUACUUCGCGACCAUGGGCAAGACAGCGGUGAGCGCGAUUACAGCAUGCUCAUGCAGCAUGAUAACAAAGGAGACGGCGGCGGCAGUGCACAAAAUAUUGCAAGCUGAUUAAGAAAAUAUAUACAUGUAAAGUAACGGACGAUUUAGAGUUAAGGAUAAGAUAAAUAUGUCGAUAUCAAUAUUCAAAUAUAGCGUGUAGAGAUUUAUUUUAUUUAGUUCUAAUAAUAGAAUUAAGUUUAAAGAUUUGUUAAAUGUCCGUAUGCUUAGUUUCAGUUGAUUAUAGCGGUAGUAUUAAGUAUCGUGCGUGAACGGAUAAUUGCAUGUGCGAAUUGAGAGAAUGAAUGGGAGUGUUCUACUUGCGUAUAGACCCGAUAUUAGACACCACCAAUCAUAGGCCGAUGCCUAGAGUAUUUCCGUUGAUUGAGUUAGAUUAGGUUAUGUGAUUGGUGGUGUCCGAUCAGAUCUGUGCGCAACUGGGAUUCACGAAUGAAUGUGAGAAAGCGCGAAAGGGCGACUUUCGGAUUGCCGGCAAAAAAUCGUGAUCGCCAAGGUGUAAACGGGCACCAGGAGAACACCUGGAAGGUUUUACAAAGUUUUAGAAAUUUCUUGACCGACAAAAUGGCUGGUCAUUGCAAAUGACUAGAAGGCGUGGCUUUGCAAUUUUAAUCGAAAGAGUGGGGUUUUUCGAUUCGAGGAAGCCGAGAGAGAGCCCUCGACUUGAGAGUUGAUGAUGGAGAGUCUAAGGCCCGGUUUUUCAUUAUCUGGUUAACUUGUAGUUAAACUUGGUGUUUCAACCAAUGAGCUUUACUUAUGGCAUCAUCAUGAGUAAAGCUCAUUAGAUAAAACAUCAGGUUAAGUUUAACCACAAGUUAAACCACAAGUUAACCGGAUAAUGAAAAAUCGGGCCUAAGAGGCAAGUUGUUCUAAUACCGAGGCAUCCGGGACAAUGCGAUAUUGCGCAACUAUACACAAUUGCGAUACGUGACGGAGUAUCAUCUACGGAAAUGAUAACUAUUUUCCUUUUAUUAUUUGUUUUAAAUUUUAUUAACUCAGAAUCAACCGCGCGGCGUGUAUAAUUACGCGAUCAGACGAUGCGGGUAUAAUUUCAAUGUGACGCAUAUUCAAAAAUUCGAAGAUAGUGUACGCGAUGUAGAAACGUUAAUUAAGGACGCUGGAUGCGACGCGACGUAAAGUAUUAGAUUAAAGGUAUGCGUGUGAUAUGCGAGUGUGCGCGGUAGACUUAGAAGCGGAUAAACGAUUGUAGGCAAUACAGAAAAGUUCGAGCGCGGAAUAAAUUUUGUGAUACUAUUUGAAUAAACUUUUAUAUUUCAAACUAA